UGCCUGCAUUAAUCUUUAUAAGGAGUUGUUAUAGCUGCUUGAAAUUUGGUGAACGUUUGAAUUGAAACAGCACAUCACCUGAAUGUAAAUAAAAGCGGGUUAUGGUAUUCUGCUGUGCAACUACGAGGCUGGUUAUUUACGGGCCAUAAUGGCUUGUUUACACAACAGAAUCAUUACACGCAAUUUGAUGCUUUAGCGUUUGAUUAUGGAAUUAUAAUCUUCGCUCCUUCAAAUUCUGUCAUGAAUAGUCGAACAAAACAAAAAAAUAUAUUUUUUCCCCCCCGCAUCUUUUGCAUCCUCGCUGAUGACGGAGAUGUGGUCGGCGGUGUUCGGGGUCCUGCUGUGUCUGCAACUGGACGGUGCUGCGGGCCGCAGUGCCCUCGGGGCCGACCAGGUGUCCGAGGCCGACAUCCAGCGACUCCUGCACGGCGUCAUGGAGCAGCUGGGCAUCGCUCGGCCCAGGGUGGAGUAUCCCGCCCACCAGGCCACAAAUAUCGUCGGGCCUCAAAGCAUACAAGGUGGUGCUCAUGAGGGGCUGCAGCACCUUGGUCCCUAUGGCAACAUUCCCAACAUUGUGGCUGAGCUGGCAGGGGACAACGUUCCCAAAGACUUCAGCGAUGAUCACAACUACCCGGAUCCUCCAAACCCUUGUCCUCUGGGAAAGACUGCAGCAGAUGGGUGUUUGGAAAACGCCCCGGACACGGCCGACUUCAGCCGGGAGUUCCAAAAGCACAGACACCUUUAUGGCUCCGGGAAUGAGUACCCUGCUUUGAUGAAGUGGAACAAGGAGCGUUUGUACCAAAAGCUGAAGGGAGGACCGCAAAGAAGAAAAAGGAGUCUCAACCCAUACUUGAUGGGCCAGAGGCUGGACAACGUGGUCGCCAAGAAAUCUGUUCCCAAUUUCUACGAGGAAGAGGAGGGCGAGGCAUCAACCGUCUCUGCAACAAAUUAAAACUUAACAAUCCCAGAAGAAGAAAGUCGCUCUGUAUUUUAAAAUUAAUUAUAUGAAAGCAAUGCUGAGAUUCAUUCUACACUAUAUCACCAAACUGUUAUUUGUUCGUGACAUUUAUGGGGACGAACUUUGAAAGAAAUCAUUUCUAAUUCCACUUGAAUAUCAGAAUUUGUGAAUUUUAAUAAGUCAGUGUCUUUUAGUUUGAUAUCAAGCUAGUUUAGAUGAUUAAAUAUGACUACUGAAAACGUGUAGCUGUUGAUACCCUUGAAUGCUUAUGGUGAAAAUUUCAGAUGCUAUUUUAUUCAGAUGACUUUUAAAAAGACUAUAUAGAGAUUAAAAUACUGUAAUGUUUCAUUUUUGUACUAUAAAUCUUGACCUGUCAUCAAUAAUCAGAAUCAUGUCCUAUCCACGCACACAGUUUUGCCCCUGUUGUACACUUAUCAGUGUAACUUUGAAGUGGAGGUGAAUCCUUUUUGCUGUAGCAUGUGAAAAAAUAACUGUGCUUCUCCAAUGAAACUAUUAAUCAAUGAUUUGAUCCUUUGGUUUUCUUGUAAAAUUAAUUAAAAUAUCCGCAUUGACA